CUUUCUCAGCGCACCCGCCGAAAGCAAGCAUGAACGUGCGGAGAGCGACGAUUGACGAUCUGCAGAACAUGCAGCACUGCAACCUCAUGUGCCUGCCUGAGAACUACCAGAUGAAGUACUACUUGUACCACGCCUUGUCAUGGCCUCAGCUGUCGUACGUUGCGGAGGACGAGGACGGCAAGAUUGUCGGCUACGUGCUGGCCAAGAUGGAGGAGGAGCCCAACGACGAGCCGCAUGGACACAUUACAUCGCUCGCAGUGCUCCGAUCGCACCGACGACUCGGUCUUGCUCGCACGCUCAUGAACCAGGCGUGCCAAUCGAUGGUCGAGACGUUCCGAGCGCACUACGUCUCGCUGCACGUCCGCAAGAGCAAUCGCGCUGCCCUGCACUUGUAUCGCGACACGCUGCAAUUCAGCGUCUCCGAGAUUGAGUCAAAGUACUAUGCGGAUGGCGAGGACGCGUACGCCAUGAAGCGCAUGCUCAACGAGUUCUUCCCAAAAGAGCUUCUCCAGGAGCUCAAGACCAACAAGACCGAUUGAGCGGUCAUCUCGUUCGUUUAAUUUUGUGUGUUCCGGUGUGUCGAGUCAAAGAGAAACAACCCCCCCCCCCGUUGUGAAUCAAAAGAAACAGAAAACAAAAAAGAAAAUGAGAAAGUUGCUUGUUGUUACGCUUUUGAACUGCAUUUUAAUUGAG